AUGGAGACAAUCAACGAGCUUCCCCUGUCGGAUGCCCAUAUCGUCCGCGCUGACUUUGGCGAGUCAUACCGCCCUUCGCAAGAGUCAAAAUUCGAAUGUUGCACGCCGGUGCAUUCUCGCCCACCAGAGGCUAGGUUUGAGCCAACGAAGCCGAAGUUAUUCCCCAGCGACAUCUGGACCCUCGCAUGUGCUGUCUGGGCCACUCUGGCCCAGCGGUCCUUGUUCGAGAUGUUCAUGGGUACCGAGGACACUGUGACGUGGAUCCAGGUCCAAGCUCUCGGAAAGCUGCCUGAUGAAUGGUGGGAGAAAUGGGAUGCGCGCUCAGAGGACUUCACGGAAGAUGGCCAGCCUAUUCGAGUUAAUGACAGUCCUGUGUAUACCUUUGACUACCAGUUUGAGAACGCUAUACAAGAAGGGCGGAGAAGAUGUAAAAUGGAGACGAUGGAUUUAGCUGAGAAGGAAGCUCUGCUUGCCAUGUUGCGGCCGAUGCUGGCGUACAGGCCGGAGCAACGUUGCAGCGUCAAGGAGGUUCUUGGAUCGGAGUGGAUGACCAGGUACGCGAUGCCGGACUACGAGAGGCUGCGUGGAGGCCGACGGUAG